CCCUCCCCGACCUGCGGGGCCUGGCCGCCCUACACCCGGCCCCAGGGUCUGUCUCCUUUGUUAUCUCGAAAUGGAGAGUGGAUUCUGAGCUCCUUUCCUAAGGCUCUUACCAUUUGGAAGUCACUUUGCCCAUCUAAGGAGAAUUUGCAUUUUAACGAGGGGGAUAACCUUGAAGUACCCAGAGGAAUCUCUACUUGUGGAAUUGCUGGUAUAGGCGAGAUAUUCUGGAAGGCAGAGAGACCUCCGUGGAAUGCCCGAAGCCCCCAUAGCUCGCGGCACCAUGACCCCCACGGGGACCCAGCGUCCACUGGCCGAUCAGACCUACGCGGUGCCCCUCAUACAGCCAGACCUGCGGCGAGAGGAGGCCACCCAGCAGGUGGCGGAUGCCCUGCAGCACCUACAGAAGGUCUCCGGAGACAUCUUCAGCAGGAUCUCCCAGCGAGUAGAGCUCAGCCGGAGCCAGCUGCAGGCCAUUGGGGAGAGGGUCUCCUUGGCCCAGGCCAAGAUUGAGAAGAUCAAGGGCAGCAAGAAAGCCAUCAAGGUGUUCUCCAGUGCCAAGUACCCUGCUCCAGAGCGCCUGCAGGAGUACAGCUCCAUCUUCACGGGAGCCCAGGACCCUGGCCUGCAGAGGCGUGCCCGCCACAGGGUCCAGAGCAAGCACCGUCCCCUGGACGAGCUAGCCCUACAGGAGAAGCUGAAGUACUUCCCCGUGUGUGUGAGCACCAAGCCGGAGCCUGAAGAUGAGGCCGAGGAGGGGCUGGGGGGUCUCCCCAGCAACAUCAGCUCUGUCAGCUCCUUGCUGCUCUUCAACACCACGGAGAACCUGUACAAAAAGUAUGUCUUCCUGGACCCCCUGGCUGGUGCCGUAACAAAGACCCAUGUGAUGCUGGGGGCGGAGACGGAGGAGAAGCUGUUCGAUGCGCCCUUGUCCAUCAGCAAGAGAGAGCAGCUGGAGCGGCAGGUCCCAGAGAACUACUUCUAUGUGCCCGACCUGGGCCAAGUGCCUGAGAUCGAUGUGCCGUCCUACCUGCCUGACCUGCCGGGCGUGGCCGACGACCUCAUGUACAGUGCGGAUCUAGGCCCCGGCAUUGCCCCGUCGGCCCCUGGCACCAUUCCAGAGCUGCCUGCCUUCCACACGGAGGUGGCUGAGCCUUUCAAGCCCGAAGAUGGGGUGCUGGCAGUACCCCCGCCGCCACCGCCGCCGCCGCCGCCAGCUCCGGCCCUGCUGGUCAGCGCCCUCCCACCUCCGCCCCCAGCCCAGACCGUGGCCCCGCUGGGCCAGCCAGCCAGGGAGGAUGACAGCGGUGGCGCGUCUCCUUCAGUCCAGGGAGCGCCCAAGGAAGUGGUUGAGCCCUCCAGUGGCCGGGCCACUCUGCUGGAGUCCAUCCGCCAGGCCGGGGGCAUCGGCAAGGCCAAGCUCCGCAGCGUCAAGGAGCGCAAGCUGGAGAAGAAGAAGCAGAAGCAGCAGGAGCAAGUGAGAGCCACCAGCCAAGGUGGAGACCUGAUGUCGGAUCUCUUCAACAAGCUGGCCAUGAGGCGCAAAGGUAUCUCCGGGAAAGGACCCGGGCCGGGGGCCAGCGAGGGGCCGGGAGGGGCCUUUGCCCGCAUGUCGGACUCCAUCCCGCCUCUGCCGCCCCUGCAGCCGGCCCCGGGCGAGGAGGACGAGGAUGACUGGGAGUCCUAGGGGCUCGCUCCGCCUUCACCACGGACAGGCCCCCGGGAGGGACGGGGUCGCGGAGGACCGUCCAGCUCUGUCACCUGGAGCUGCUUCGGGGGCCGCUCUCUGCCUGGGCCUCACCCACCCCCUUCGCCAGCACGCGUGCCUUUUCCCUAGAGACGCUUUGCGGCGAAACAGUACGUGAGUCAAUAAAGAAGUAUGACGCAAGAACCGAGCAUAAACCAA